AUGACCACCCGUAAUCUGACCCGAGCCAACGGGGCCUUGUCUUCGUGGACCUCCUUCAAGAAGGCUAUUCAAACAGAUGAAUCUCCAGACGAGGACGAAGCUUCCUCGGCCUACUACAAUGCGGAUCUCUUGCCCACGCCGCCGUCUCAGCGGACCUGGACGGCCAUGCAUUUCUUUGCAUACUAUCUGACUACCACCUUCAGCCCGUCAUCGUACAACCUGGGCUCAUCCUUGGUGAGCACAGGGCUGCAGUGGUGGCACGGCAUGGUUGCUGCUGUGAUCGGAUCAAUCAUUUUGAGCAUUGUUGUCGUGCUAAACUCGCGAGGGGCAGCCAAGUAUCAUGUCGGCUUCCCCGUCUACACGCGCGCAAGCUCAGGAGUGGGGGGUUCAAAGCUAUUUAUCGCAGUCCGAGCAUCUGUCGCAACAAUCUACUUCGCGGUUCAGUCAUAUUACGGCGGUCGAUUGACAUCGGUGUGUCUCAGGGCGAUGAUUGGGCCCAAAUGGGAAAACAUACCCAAUCAUCUCCCUGCAGACGCAGGAAUCACUUCGCAGAAUCUCCUCGCAUUUUUCGUCUUUUGGAUUAUUCAAUUUCCAGUGAUGUUUGUUCACCCAACCAUCCUCCGACACCUCUUUGUGUUCAAGGCUGUGUAUACAACCGUUGCGCUCUUCGGGGUUAUGGGUUGGGCUAUUCAGAAGAAUGGCGGCUCUAUUGGAUCAUUCAGUUUUGAAAAGAAUUCGCUCCACGGCAGUGCGCUUGUCUGGCCCAUGAUCUCAGCUAUCAAUUCGGUUAUGGGUGCCCUGUGCCCCAUAUUGAUCAACCAGCCUGAUAUUGCCAGAUACGCAAAGCGCUACUCCCAAGUCACCUGGUCCCAGAGCACCGGUAUCUUACUAUCCAAAGUCCUCGUCAUGUUCGUCAGCUGUGCGACAACCAGUGCUACCACCGAGCUUUUAGGCACAGCAUACUGGAAUGUCUGGGACUUGUACGACGCCAUUUUGACGCAGUACUGGAGCCCAGCCGCACGCGCAGGCAUCUUUUUCGCUAGUCUCGGCAUGAUUCUGGCCAUCAUCGCCACAAACGCAGGCACAAACUCGCUACCGGUGGGCGCCGAUUCGAGUGGCCUGUGGCCGCGAUAUAUCAACAUUGUGCGCGGACAAGUCAUUUGUGCCCUGCUUGCGCCACUUUGUGUCCCAUGGAAGAUUAUCGCUUCGGCAUCGUCUUUCCUGACUUUCCUCGGCUCCUACACCGUAUUCCUUAUGCCUAUCUGUGCUAUCAUGGUGGUAGACUAUUGGAUCAUACGAAAGGGCAACUUCCAUGUUCCAUCCCUCUAUACAAGAGCCCCCGGAACACCGUACGCGUAUUGGCACGGUUGGAAUCCCCGUGCUUUGGUGGCUUGGGUCUGCGGUGUGGCCUUUGUGGUACAUGGAGUCGCUGGAAGUCUGCACCCGGGAAGCGUGGGUGAAGCCAGUACACAUAUGUACCAGCUUGGCUUCUUGUUGAGUUUCUUCAUGGGUGGCAUUGUGUUUUACUUGCUUAAUUUGUUGUGGCCGGUUGCCAUCUACCCCGAAUUAGCUGAGGCAGACACACCCAAGUCGUGGGAGUAUAUGACUACCACAGAAGGUCUUCUAGAUGGGGAGUCAAUGGAUAUGAUCGCUGGAGGAAGAGUCCUGACUGGAGUAGACGAUGAAAGUCAAGUUGCCAAAGAGGCUUUCACGAUGAGCGAGAAAGGUUAUCUUUCUGUUUGA